CUCACAUUAUGGCUGAACCUGUUGAUGAGCUCUUGGACUAUGCUGAUGAAGACGAAGAUCAAACCGAGGUUUUGACUAGCCAUGCUGGUGUUCCUAACAUUUCUGCCGUUGGAGGUCUUGCUGCUCCUGCUGACGACAAAGAAACCAAAAAGGGUUCAUAUGUGGGCAUCCACGCUACUGGCUUCCGAGACUUUUUGUUGAAGCCAGAACUGCUGCGAGCCAUUGGUGAUUGCGGUUUUGAGCAUCCUUCCGAAGUCCAACAAGAAUGCAUUCCACAGGCCAUUCUUGGCAUGGAUGUGCUUUGCCAAGCCAAGUCUGGUAUGGGAAAGACUGCUGUGUUUGUUCUGGCAACCUUGCAACAACUUGAUACCAGUGCUGCUGCCGGUGCUCCCUCUGACCCAUCUGUCAUUGUUAUUUGCCACACUCGCGAGCUUGCUUACCAGAUCAAGAAUGAGUACGCUCGUUUUUCAAAGUAUCUUCCUGAUGUCAAGACUGCCGUGCUCUAUGGUGGUACAUCCAUUCGCCAAAACAUUGAUACACUCAAGAAUGACAAGCCCCAAAUCAUUGUUGCUACCCCAGGUCGCUUGUUGGCUCUUAUUCGUGACAAGGCGAUCAACCUUGCUACUGUCAAGCACUUUGUUCUUGAUGAAUGUGACAAAAUUCUUGAUGCUCUUGAUAUGCGCAAAGAUGUUCAAGAUAUCUUUCGCUCAACACCACACCAUAAGCAGGUGAUGAUGUACAGUGCUACUCUCAGCAAGGAAAUUCGUCCUGUUUGCAAAAAAUUUAUGCAGAACCCGCUCGAGAUAUUUGUGGAUGACCAGACCAAGCUCACUUUGCACGGUCUGCAGCAGUACUAUUUGAAGUUGUCUGAAAAUGCCAAAACCCGCAAGCUCAAUGAUCUUUUGGACUCUCUCGAGUUUAAUCAGGUUUGUAUUUUUGUCAAGAGUGUUCAGCGUGCUGUUGAGCUUGACAGACUGUUGGUCAAGUGUGGGUUCCCUUCAAUAUGCAUUCACUCUCAACUUCAACAAGAAGAGCGUAUUGCCAGAUACAAGUCAUUUAAAGAUUUUGAAAAGCGUAUUAUGGUUGCAACGGAUAUUUUUGGCCGUGGCAUUGAUGUUGAGCGUGUCAAUAUUGUCAUCAACUAUGAUAUGUCUGAUUCACCCGAUGCGUAUCUGCACAGAGUUGGUCGUGCAGGUCGUUUUGGUACCAAGGGUCUUGCAAUUACGUUUGUAUCGUCUGAUGAGGACACUGAGGUGUUGAAUCAAGUCCAAGGCAGAUUUGAAGUCAACAUCACCGAGCUCCCUGAAACUAUUGAUGUCUCGACUUAUAUGGCCUCUUGAAUGUGUAUCAAUAUGAAAUUGGCAAGGCAAUAGCUUCAUUUUUAGUUAAUGUUUUUGAGAUUGGACUCGUUGAUUAUUGAUUUACUUUUGCGGGAGGUUUAUCUUUGCCCGUAGCAUCCAUUUUUUAAAUAAAUUAAUGGAUUGGUUUUUUCCCAGUCAUUUUUAAUG